AUGGCUUUGGGCAGAUCGAACACGAGCCGCCUGCUUUCUGCAUUCACCCAGGUCCAUGUCCGCUGCUACUCCGCGCCAGCAGAGCGUGCAAUACCGGCAGCCAAACAGAAAUAUGUUCCGACUUCUGGAACCUAUCCCAAAGGCUUCCUGGCCGGCGGUGCUUACGCUGGAGUCAAGGCGAGCAACACCAAGUACGACGACAUCGCGUUAGUCGUCUCUGAAAAGCCAUGCGCCGGAACCACCGUCGUCACGCGGAAUGUCUUCAAAGCAGCACCCCUGGUUGUAUCGAUGCAGACUGCCGUGAACAGGAGGUUUCAGGAUUUACGUGGUGUUGUGGUCAACUCAGGCUGUGCUAACGCAGUGACUGGCCAAAAGGGACGUGACGACGCUGUAGCAAUGGCACGCGCCGCUGAUGCGUGCUUCGGGGACACCGAACAUGAUGAACCACGCAGCCUUGUCAUGAGCACUGGUGUUAUCGGCCAACGACUACCAAUGGACAAGAUUGAGGCGGCUAUUCCGAAAGCACAUGCUUCGCUGGGCUCUUCCCACGAGCACUGGAUGCGAGCAGCUCAAGCCAUUUGCACAACAGACACUUUUCCCAAGUUGAUAUCUCGGACAUUCACUCUCCCUUCGCAUCCGGACACGCAGUACAGCAUCGCAGGUAUGACUAAAGGGGCGGGGAUGAUACAUCCAAACAUGGGUACACUGCUCGGCAUAGUCUGCACGGAUGCGAAGCUUGAUCCAGGUACCAUCCAUAAACCACUCCGCCGGAGCGUGGAUCGCUCUUUCAAUCGCAUUUCCAUUGACGGUGACACGAGCACAAACGACACUGUUGCUUUCUUCGCUAACGGAGCCGCUGCUCCUCCUGAUGGUCAGCCGCUAACCUUCCCAAGACGAACGCGCAGCGAGCCAACAGAACUGAAGACCAACCCCGAUGUGGAGGCGUUCCAGAUCAUGUUGACCGACUUCAUGGAAGAUCUAGCCAAACUCGUCGUACGCGAUGGUGAAGGCGCCACGAAAUUUGUGACCAUACGGGUCGAAUCGGCUACAUCGAACGAAGUCGCUCGACGAGUCGGAACCAGCAUUGCGACCUCUUCCUUGGUGAAAACAGCAAUCUAUGGCAAGGACGCAAACUGGGGAAGAAUAUUGUGUGCCAUCGGGUACGCGCCUGGCAUCAUGGACUACCCGGCGCUCGGGAUCCGGGACGGCAACUCACAGGGUCACGUGGGUCGAAUGCUCAGCAAGAAGGACCUUCCCCGGCCGCCAGUCGAUAUUGAGACGCUCUCUGUCUCGUUCGUACCAAUGGACGGCAGCGAAGAAUUGAGACUGUUCACACGUGGGGAGCCGGAAGUCGUCGAUGAGGCCCGCGCCAAAGAGAUACUGGAGAUGGAGGACGUGGAAAUCUUGGUGAAGUUGGACGAUGUUGAGCAUGAUGACAAUGCACCGGAAGACAAAAGGAUGCACGAACAGGUCUUUUGGACGUGUGAUUUCAGCCAUGAGUAUGUCACCAUCAACGGCGACUAUCGGACAUGA